AUGCUACAACACAAGCCAGCAACUAGUGGCCGAGUCCUCACUACAACAGGUGACACUGCUGCCUCGCCGCCUCAUCCAUCACCAAUCUUGGGAAGCAGGCCUGCGAAUUUCUUGGAAACUGUAAACUCCGUGAUUUCUAAUGAAUCAAUAGAAACCUGGGGUAUUCUCUCCAGCACGAAAAAUGAAACUAUCAGUUCUAAAUUAUUACAGUCAGUGGAGAAAUUUAGUAGUCGUCUCAACCUGACGAGUAACCCUUUAGAUGUUAAAAAGGAGAAUCUACAGCUCAGAGCUACUAAAAUUGACAGCCGUAAAACAAAAAGCCCCUUUAAUGUAACCUUCCAUAAUUUUGGCACUGAAAGCUACACCAAUUUAUCUACUAAUUUAACAAUUCCCACUGAUGCACUUGAAAAGUUGGUAAACAAUGUAGUUGUCACAAUUGCAUAUCCAACAUUGAUUGAUAUUUUACCCAGCAAUGCAAACUUCGAAGGAGAUUUCUCAAUUAAUGGUCUUGUUGUGACAAUAACAUUAAGUGAUAAGAAACCCAUUAAAACUAAGAUGAACUUCUCAACGAGAAACCCUACACUUGAUUUUAACUCUGCCCAAUGUGCAUUUUGGGACUUUAGUCAUAAUGGUAUAUGGAAUAAUGAUGGCUGUACGCCAGAUCUUGACGGAGAAAACAUCAUUUGUAAUUGUGAACAUUUGACAUCCUUUUCCAUUUUAAUGUCCACUAAGCCAGUGAAGGACAGUAUUCUGAGUUCUAUAACCCAAAUUGGAGUUGCUGUUUCUCUAGCAAGCUUAACAAUAACCAUCAUUAUAGAAGCAGUGGUAUGGAAGCACGUGACCAAGAGUAAAAAAUCACAUAUUCGCCACGUGGCAAUUCUGAACAUUGCUAUCAACUUGCUGAUAGCAGAUGUAUGGUUUAUCGUGGCAGACUCCGUAAAAGAAGAUUCAGGAGUUUGUGUGGCCGCGACCUUUUUCAUUCAUGUUUUCUACCUCGCCUUAUUCUUUUGGAUGUUCACCCUUGGCCUUCUACUUAUGUACCACCUGGUUUUCUUACUCCACAAUAUCAGCAAAUCUGUUUUGAUGGGAAUCUCAUUUGGCAUCGGCUAUCUGUGUCCAAUAAUAAUUUCAGCCAUUACAAUUGGAGUUACCUAUCCACAGAACAGUUACAUAAGAAAAGAUGCCUGUUGGCUCAGUUGGAGGGAAAAAUACCCGAUACUUGCUUUCGUUAUACCGGCUUUGUCUAUCAUCGCAAGCAACUUUAUUGUUCUAGUUGUGGUCAUAUUCAAGCUCCUACGACCAACAAUUGGAGACAGGCCCAGGAGCCAUAAUGAGGAGAAGGAUACAAUAAAACCGAUUGUGAGGAGCAUUGCAGUGCUAACCCCAAUCCUUGGACUCACGUGGGCAUUUGGAAUACCAACCUUUCAAAAGAAUCCCCAUAUUGCUUUCCAAUACAUAUUUACAAUUCUCAAUGCAUUUCAGGGUUUCUUUAUUUUGGUCUUCGUAACAUGCAUGGAUAAAAAGGUGCAAGAGGCUCUAUUGAAGAAGUUCUCAUUGAUUGGAUUUUCUUACCGAUCAGAGAGAAGUCCAAUAUUUCAGGUUGCUUACAUUCAGAUAGCAAGGACAAACUCCUGGGCUAUUCUACUCUGA